UGAUCAGUAUUAGAUGUUUACUUACGAGGUUAUCAUCAUAAGAUCUUACAUCAACAUCAGUAAAACUAAAGGAGAGAUUCCCGUUCUUUUGAUCGCUUUUGAAUCUCCGUUGGCUAUUCUUACCUACCUGUAUUAUCAUCCUCUCCACUUUCCACUUACCACCCUCCACCUCGUCUAUCAUCCACCUCGUCUAUCAUCCACCUUUCACUUCACAUCUUCACAUCUUCACAUCUUCACAUCUUCAACCUCUUCAACCUCUUCAACCUCUUCACAAUUUUACAUCCAUCUACAAAGUAUUUUGUGCUCUGCAAAGUUACCACUAGAUAUGAAAGGCCUAGCCAAUAUCACCUACUACUACUUCUUAUCCUAUCUACUAUUCUAGCCAUCCAUCGUAUACCUCUUCUUUCCCAACACGACUAAAAUUCGUGAUACGAGAAGGUUUGGCUUGUUAACGACUUUCGUUCUUAUUUUCUUAUUUUCUUAUUUUCUUAUUUUCUUUUUUUGGGGGACCCUUAAACUUUUAUGUUCUUUUUAUUUUUACAUCUUCCAAUCAUCAUCAUCAUCGGAAUCUUCUUCUUCCAGGGGCACACUCCACAAUAACGAUAUCCCUUAGAAACCAACAAUCAAUCAAUCAAUCCAUCACUUCUGAUCCUGCAUCUCGGGGAUCACAACAUCUGGAGGGAAGAUAUCUAGGAAAGGGAAAAACAAAGAAAAGGAAAUUACCAAAGGCAGAGAGGAACUGCAAAUGAUGCUCGUUCGGAACUGCAGCGAGAGAGAAUUACAAUAUUAUACAUCAUCGUAUCGAUUUUGUAACAUUUCGUUGUUGAACAUCGCCAAGUUUAUCAAUUAAAAAAAGCCAACCGCAAUUCAUUCAUUCAUUCAUUCAUUCAUUCAUCCACCAUUCAAUCAAUCAAUCAACUCCCAUUUUGCUCAAUCCCGAGAUACAUUCAUUUCAUCUUACGUUACAUCCAAUCGUAAAAGCUCAUUCACUCCUUCAUUUUACCAGUUCAACUCAAUUUCACUUCACUUCACUUCACUUCACUUCACUUCACUUCACUUCACUUCACUUCACUUCACUUCAAUACCAUAACAUUCGUCAUUUUCAAACUUUUUUUAACGACUUCGCUCUUUCGACUUUCUACUUUCGACCUUGGAUCUUUCAAAAAGUUAUUCUUACACGGCCCGUCACCAUCUCCUUACUUUAUCGCAUACAUUCAAUUCCAUAUUUGGCAGCUCCAUACCCAAAAUUACGAGAAGUUUGACUGCGCCUCCUCAUUCACUAACAUCUCCAUCUCUCAAACGCUUGAUGACCCUUCUUCGAUCAUAUCUACUACAGCCACAACGUCUUUCAUCCUCCGAAUCAACAGGGACAAUAAAUCUACGAAGAAUCGCACAUUCAUCUCAAAAUACCAUUCAAGAUUUCUGGAAUUAUCUACAAACUCAUGGGAAGGAUAGAGCAAUUGGGACAUAAGAAGUCAUCGACAAACCGGCGAUAUGGCUACCAGACCUACUUUCAUUGACCUUCGAUCGCAAUCGCAUGGGCCCAUGGGUAUUGGCAAUACGGGAUUACCAUCCCCAUCACUGCGCUCAUUACCAUCGCCCCGUUUACACGUAGCUGGAGAUAUUCCACCCGAACUUUCACCCUUGGAUGCUUUUGCGGCGCAAAGUCGACUCUUGGCCAGGCAAUUAAAUGAAAGUACAAAUGGAGGAAAGCGCAUAAGUCGUCUGCCACCGCUCACAAUCGCGAAUUCUCUCGGUCAAAAUCGACUCGGAGGUCUACGAUCUGCAUCUGCCGAGAGACUUGCUAGUGCUGAAUCUAACUUGUCCCAGUCGUCUCCUACUGAUUCUCCUGCAUCAGCUGGCCCGGGACAACAGAGAACAGAGGUCGAGGCGCCUAUAUUUAGACCAGUUUCCGUACAUCCUGAGGUGGGAAAGAUUCCAGACGCUCCAGUAUUCGAUAUAAUUCCCGAAAAGGAAGAUGAAUUUCGAGGCAGAAUGGCACCGCCAAGUCCAAGUCCGAGAGACCAGGGCAUAUUUGGGGCUAGGAGGGAUCUUUCGCCAGCGCCUAUAGAUCAAGACCGCAGACAGCUUCAACAUAGACCUGGACGGUCACCAUCUGAUGCUCCUUAUCGGGGCCGUUUAUCUCCACAACCCUCUCGUUCACCUUCAGCUCCACAUCAGGGGCGUAGUAAUCUUAGACCCGAGCGAUCUCCUUCUGCUCCUCAUAACCGAUCUGGACGAUCGCCCAGACCAGGUCGUUCGCCGUCUGGUCCUCACAAUGAUCGAUCACUUAGGCCGGAACGUUCUCCAUCUGCCCCUCACCAAGGGCGCAUGGGUAGACCAGGUAGAUCCCCUUCAGAUGGUCCAUAUAGAGGGUCACGGUCACCUAGACCUGGACGAUCACCUUCGGAUGCAUUAUCACGACCAAGCCAGGAAUCAAUGCGCCAACGGGCACUUAGAGGACCAGAUGGGACUUUAGCCGUAGGUGGUUAUGGCCCAAGAGCUUUAGCACCACCGCGAGCACCGUUUGCACAAAGAGCACCUAGUCCCAGAUCGAUGUCUGUAGAAAGCUCAGAUGAUGACCACUCAUUAUCACAUAAUUCUCCUCAGCGCAAACUAUCCUCAACAAGUGCCAUGUCAAGUACACCCAACUCUCCUUCGAACCCUUCUUCAGUACCACGAUCACCAUCAGUGAGCUCCGAAUAUUCUGUAGAUCACACACAUCUGCCCAGGCCCGCCUUCAACUUCUCUCGACCCAUUAGUCGAUCCAGUAAUCAUCCAGCCGAGGACAAACCGGCACCUUCUCGACAAGCAUCUUCUGACAGCCAACCUUCAUUUAUUCUCACGGAUGAUACUGCUCAUACUCCUGUCAGUAUGCACAGUGAAGAAUUUCCGGACAAUAAUCUCCUUGGUGAUAGUGCUGUACCUUCUUACGUAUAUUCAAAGUUUUCUCUUCCAAGAGGCAAGAUGUUACAAAGAAACUCGGCAAUUUUUCAAGAAGGUCAACCACAAUCACAAUUUGUCUUUGAGCAGCAACCACCUGCCUUCUUGAGCAAUACCCAAACUAUUGAAGGCGGACCUCCGCCAUCACCUCCUUCUCGGCCAGCAACUUCUCGCAGGCCAGAUGUACGUCCUACGUUAGAACAAGGCUCUCCAGAACCUACAAAAUUGGCGGAAAGAGGACGAAGCUUAACGGAUCCUAGUCAUCAUCCAUCACCAUUUGAUGCGCCACCUGUUUUGCAUAAAGAUAGAGCACAAAAUGAUAAUCGCGCACCAUCAGUCGUCUCUUCUAAUAACACUACAAUCAAAGCUCGAUCGCAACAUUCGCUAGCUCCAUCGGCAGAAAUGUCAGGAGAGGAACAUGUUGCGAGAGCUAUUGAAUUUCAUGAAGCGGGAUCCUUGACUAAAUCCACAUAUCAUUUACGCCUAGCGGCUAGACAGAAUCAUCCUACAGGCAUGCUUCUGUAUGCGCUUGCAUGUAGACAUGGUUGGGGUAUGCGACCAAAUCAGAGAGAAGGUGUAGCUUGGUUGAGAAAAGCUGUAGAUUCAGCUAGCCUUGAGGUCGCGGAUGAUGAGGAUACAGCAAAGGAUGGAAAGUCUGUCGAUGCUCUGGAGAGAAAGACUAGAAAAGCUCAAUUUGCGCUUAGUAUUUAUGAAUUGGGCGUAAGCCAUAUGAAUGGUUGGGGUAUUGAGCAGGAUAAGGUUCUAGCCUUGAGAUGUUUUGAGAUUGCUGGAAGUAAGUUUUUAUCUUUAUAUUUCGGCAUAAUUUUUCAGCGGAAGAGAGCUGCGAGAUUUGAGAGAAAUACUAAUAUGUCUGAAUAGCUUGGGGUGAUGGUGAUGCUUUAGCCGAAGCAGGAUUCUGUUAUGCGCAAGGAGUGGGGUGUAAGAAGGAUUUGAUGAAGAGUGCGAAGUUUUAUCGUGCGGCAGAGAGUAAAGGGAUUAGUAUGAUUGGGAAUAGUUGGUAGGUUUAUAUUUCUUUUCACUUUUUGAUAUGUUUGUGGUGAGAAGAGAAAGUGGGAAAUGCAUGGAAAUAAUAUUGGGGAAGACUGGGUUAUUGAAUAUAUCUAACACAAAACAGGAUCUAUAAAUCCAAAUAUAAUGAUGAUGGAAAAGAUGAUGUGGGUGGUUCGCCGAGUGCUAAGAAGGGGGGGAAGGAUGGCCACAAGAGACAUCUUUUCGGGAGGACUAAGUGAGAUGUAUUGGAAUGUAUGAACUGCUGAGCAGGUAUAGAAGGGUGGUUGGUUGUGGUGUGGAUAUGGGCGCGAUGUGGAUAUUUACCGAAAUGGAGAAGGGGCGGGAACAUUUUCGACUUUUCUUUAACUUCUUUCACUUUUUCGACUUUAUUCUUCAACUGAAAAUAGGGAUGGAUGGAGUAUAUUGGUACAUUAAUGAUCUGAUUUUCUUGUGUACUUGUGUUUUUAGUCGGGCGUUUCACAUAUCCAAUUUACAUCAUAUGGGGGUGGCGUUCUUUGGUACCUUGGUUUCGUGCGCUUGAGGGCGAAAAGUGCGAAGGAAAAUUGGGAAUUCUUUUGGUAAGGUUGGUAGGGAGGGAAGGGAAGGGAUUAGGAGGGGUGUAUAUGUAAGAUGUUACUUAGCUAGCUAGCGUAGGGAUAGGGA